AAUUUCUUGAAGAGCAAGAACGCCAGACUAUGAAACUUUGACCAGCCCAACUCCAACAACCUUAGCUGCCAAAAGGCCCAAACUCGCCUUCUCCCGAAACCAUCACAAAGUCGCAAUCAUGAACCCUCCGCCGCAAACCCCCACUAUCACCACCAGAAGUACAGUCAGGACACUUUGUGGAAACCCUUCAACGCCCUCCAAAAUCCCAUUUCGACCACGCAAAAUCCGAAAAGUGAUCUCCAACACCCCCGUCGACAACGCAACCAAGUCUCCUCAACCUUCACUCACGGUUGCUCCCAAAAUCCCAAAAUCUCUAUCAACAAAACCCGAAAUCGACCUCGCUCUUAACCAUCUCCGCACCUCAGAUCCUCUUCUCGCCGCCCUCAUUUCCGCCCACCCCCCACCGAAACUCUCUCCUUGUCACUCCUACUUUGUCUCCCUUUCCAAAUCCAUUCUCUUCCAACAACUCGCCACCAAAGCCGCCAACUCGAUCUACACUCGCUUCGUUUCCCUCUGCGGAAACGAAUCCAACGUCCUCCCGAAUACAGUCCUCUCACUUACCCCACAAAAGCUCCGUGAAAUCGGGGUCUCGGUUCGCAAGGCAAGCUAUCUCCACGACCUUUCGGACAAGUUUUCAACUGGGGUUCUGUCGGAUACUUCCAUCCUUACAAUGGACGAUGAAACGUUGUUCCAAAUGUUGACAGCUGUCAAAGGAAUCGGGCCUUGGUCGGUCCACAUGUUUAUGAUAUUUUCACUUCAUAGGCCCGAUGUUUUGCCUGUUGGGGAUCUUGGAGUGAGGAAAGGAGUCCAGUUUCUGUACGGGUUAAAGGAGCUGCCGAAGCCAUUACAAGUGGAGCAGAUUUGUGAGAAGUGGAAGCCUUACAGAUCUGUUGGGUCGUGGUAUAUGUGGAGGCUUGUGGAAGCCAAACCCAAAGGGAAUGGGAAAGCUCAAACUGUUGAAGCUGAACAAAAUGGAGGGUUUUAAUCAUGUUUUUUUAGGAUUGAAAGACAUCUAAUUGUUUCUAAUUGCUUGUGUUAUUGUGCUUUGAACUAGAAUUAAGAUCUAUUCAUGUUUAUCGUUGCUGGUUUGGGUCUGUGUCAAAGUUAUAGACAUUUUGGAUAAAUUAACUUGUUUCUUCAGCUUGAUUAA